UCCGGCCGCGCUCCUCCCGGCGCGGGGCGUGGGGCGGAGGACGUGGGGCGGAGGGUGGUCCGCACUCGCGCGGCGUCUGCGGAGGGUGCCCACUCAGCCCACGACGGGGCCGGCGGCGGCGGAACUAAAGUGCCGGGGUCUGCGCUGCCUACCGGGGGAAGAGUUAGCCGGGGACGCCGAGCCCUCCCCACCCCUCACCUCCCCGGGGGAGCACCGGAAGCGCGGUCUCCGGAAGUCCUCGGCUUGGGCUGGCGCGGUCUGUCCGAGGCGGCGGCCAGCAGGAAGCCCCAGACCCAGCAUGUCUCAGGCCACCAAGCGGAAGCACGUGGUGCAGGAGGUGCUGGGGGAGCACAUGGUGCCCUCGGACCAGCAGCAGAUCGUGAGGGUCUUAGGGACCCCUGGCAACAACCUGCAUGAGGUGGAGACCGCGCAGGGGCAGCGCUUCCUGGCCAGCAUGCCCUCCAAGUACCGUAAGAACAUCUGGAUCAAGAGAGGUGACUAUCUCAUCGUGGACCCCAUCGAGGAGGGGGAGAAGGUGAAGGCCGAGAUCUCCUUCGUGCUCUGCAAGGACCACGUCCGCUCCCUACAGAAGGAGGGUCUCUGGCCUGAAGCCUUCUCUGAGGUAGCCGAGAAACAGACCAACAGCAGGAACAGACCGCCUCAGCCAGAACUCCCAGGAGAAGCCCAGUCUUCGGGAGACAACAGUUCUGAAGACGAUUCGGACCUCUUUGUCAACACGAAUCGAAUACAGUACCAGGAGAGCGAGGAGGAGAGUGAAGAAGAGGCCUGAGACUCCAACCUCCCUUCCAACUGGAAGCCUUGUCUACACCCUGACCCCACCUCCAUGGACAUAAAUGGGGCUGCUCUGUGGAUCCACCCCUGGCUGGGGAUGAGGCAGGGCUCCCAUCUGGACUCCUGCUCUUCUCUGUAAGAGGUUAAACCCCUGGAGGGUUGAGAGAGAGCCGUGGUUGACUUGUACCAGUGUGCCUAGUAAAGUAACUCUGACUUUGA